ACGUCGCAAUCGGUACAAAAGGUCACGCUAAGUGUGGCAGGGCGACCCUCUCGUUCGCACUGUUCCGAUACCUGCAAACCUCUCGCUACGACAACCAUCUUGCGCCUCAUAAAACAUGGCCGACAUUGGAGCCCAGAUCGCUCACGACUCGGACGAAACCGACUCGGCAUUUGGCGACGAUUCGGCAUCCGAGACCACGUCCCUGAAAUCGGCCGUAUACAACUACAAGUACCGCAACGGCCGUCGAUACCAUGCAUACAAGGAAGGAUCAUAUUGGGGGCCGAAUGACGAGACAUCGGCAGACCAGCUCGAUAUUGUACAUCAUAUCUGCCUCCUCCUACUCGAUGGCGAGCUGUUCCUGGCACCCAUAACGAAACAGCCCAUGCACGUCUUAGAUCUGGGGACUGGCACCGGAAUCUGGGCUAUCGACUUUGCCGAUAGAUUUCCAUCGGCCGAGGUACUCGGAACCGACCUCAGUCCCACCCAACCUUCCAUGGUCCCACCGAAUGUCCGCUUCGAAAUCGACGACUUCACCGAGCCAUGGCUUUACAAGAAAGACCACUUCGACUUCAUCCACAUAAGAUCCCUCUUCGGCUGCGUGGCCGACUGGCCAGCCUUCUACAAAGAGUGCUAUGACCACCUUCAGCCCGGCGGCUACAUCGAACAACUCGAAUUCUCCGUCGUCCCCAAAUCCGACGACGGCACCGUAACCCCCGGUUCCAUCUACGACCGCUGGGGCAAACUCUCCCUCGAACUCGGCGACCGCUUCGGAAAGUCGCUUCGCACAGCCGACGAACAACGCGCAGGCAUAGAAGCAGCUGGAUUCAUAAACGUCGUCGAGCAUCGCUGGAAGGUACCUGUUGGUGGCUGGCCUGCGGAUAAGCGGUUCAAGGAGCUGGGGCAAUAUAACAGGAUCAGCUGGGAGCAGGGUAUUGAAGGGUGGAGUUUGUAUCUGCUCACAACCGUCAUGGGAUGGACGAAGCAGGAGGUAGAGGUUUAUCUUGCGCAUAUGAGGACGGCAUUGAGGACGAGGGGCAUUCAUGCGUAUCAGGAAGUGUCACUGGUCUACGGGCAGAAGCCACCGCGGCCAAGAAAGGAUGACGAUGAAUGAGACAACAUGAUCAAAAGUAACUGAUGAAGAAAAUCAAAACGCAAUUAUAUUGUCGCAC